UUACCAUCUAUCACCAACAUUUCUUCAGCUUAAUCUCAUUUCUCUUUAAAACAGAUUAACUUAAGUAGCCUAAUGACUUAACCACUAACUACAUCUCUUAAUGAGCCUUAAAUCAUCACCUCCUAGACCACAUGCUUUGGCUUCACCACCAAGCCAAAAUCAAUCUCCACAAACUUUGCUUCCACCCCAAACCACCUCCUCUACCAACCUCCAUUAUCCUCACUCUAGCCCAAAGUUGUAAUGACAAAAUCACAUAUUCAUAUCACCCCCUCUAUCUACAUACAUUAGCCAUGUAAUUCAUAUCCUAUCUAUGUGUAGUCCUAUGAUGCUAUGCUUCAUAAGCAAGCCAGUUUACAAUGACAGCAAAUGGUGGCCUCCACAGCACACAACUUUUUACCUAUCUCUAUCCAUGCAUUCGCCUACAAAUUCGAUCGUCGCGAGUGUCGCCAUCCUUCAUUGUGAGCUGAGAGGAAGCAAGGAACCUUGUAGAUUGAUUAUUCUUUGCUUCUGAACAAAAUGGAUGCUAUAGAGGAGUGUGCUAUGAGCUCAAGAAUACUUGUUGGUGUGACUCUUGAUGCUAAAGAGUGUGCAGAGCUUCUGUCGUGGGCCAUCGGAGUGGCGGCGCAUCCGAACGACACUGUCGUCGCUUUGCAUGUUCUAGUGGAGAAGGAACAGAAGCUUAAUUCUGAUCACAAGAGUAGAUUGCGACACGCCAGGGCCUUCGUUAUUUCUAUGCUCGGAGAAUUCGUCGAGACCUGCGAAACUAAGCAGGUGAAGUUAGAAGCAAAGAUUAGGACAAGUUCUAGCAUUGGAAGAGGCCUCACCGAUGAAGCUGCUCUUACUGAGGCUAACUACCUUCUUGUCGGCAACUCGAGAAAAUCAUCUCACAAGAACUCCUUUGGAAUUAUGAAUCACUGCUUCACAUAUGCUCCCAAAGGUUGCUCCGUAAUCGCGAUAAGAAAACAAGUUCUACCGAAAAAUGGACCUCAAUUGGAGUCAGAAACACAUGAAAAUGAAGGUAGGCACUUUGCAAGCUCAAGAAGGGCUAAAAAGGAUACCAAUUUGGGUAAAUCUUUUCUCUCUAUAUAUAAGCUUUUUAAGGCACACACAAGGAGAGAGAAAAUGCAGUUUAAAAGUGAACUGAUCAGUGAGAAGAGUUCACCAAGAACAGUGUUAGAUGAGCCAGAGAGUAAUAAACAGAUUCUUGAGGAUUGCUCUAGUCUAUCUAGCUACGAGACUGGCGCAUGUACCCAUACGAAAAUUUGGAGGAGCUCGUCGUUCUUUAAGAUAAUCUUUCCCUUCUUUCGAUCGAGCGAGGACUUAAUUGGAAAAGAUAGUGAUGUUUUUUCAACCUGCACUGAAGAUCAGAAGCCUCUGUGGAGGUGUUUCAGCUAUGAGGAGAUUUCAACUGCAACUAACAACUUCCACCCAGAUAAUAUGGUGGGGAGAGGAGGAUAUGCAGAGGUAUAUAAAGGGGCUCUUUCUGAUGGUCAAUGUGUAGCAGUUAAGAGAUUGGCUAAGGGAAUUACUAAUGAGCAAAAGGAGAAAGAGUUUCUCAUAGAGCUUGGAAUACUUGGCCAUGUGUGCCAUCCAAACACAGCUUAUCUUAUUGGCUGUUGCAUUGAGAAUGGGCUCCAUCUCAUAUUUGAUUUUUGCCCUAGUGGAACCCUAGCAUCAGCUUUGCAUGGGAAAAGUAGCAAGCUUCUGGAGUGGCCUGUGAGAUACAGGAUUGCAGUGGGGAUUGCUAGAGGCUUGCAUUACCUGCACAAGUGUUGCAGGCACCGAAUCAUCCAUCGCGACAUCAAGCUNCUUCUUACAGAAGACUUUGAACCUCAGAUUUCAGAUUUUGGAUUAGCCAAAUGGCUCCCGAAGCAAUGGACUCACCACUCUGUCAUUCCAAUAGAGGGAACUUUUGGGUACUUGGCACCGGAGUACUUCAUGCAUGGAAUCGUCGACGAGAAAACCGAUGUUUUUGCCUUUGGGGUGCUGUUAUUGGAGAUUGUUACAGGAAGAAGGCCCGUCGAUUCCUCGAAGCAAAGUUUGCUUCAGUGGGCCAAGCCAUUACUAGAGGCAGGGAAAGUUACUGAAUUGGUUGACUCAAAGCUUGGUGGAGAGUAUGACAAGCACCAGCUGCAGAGAUUAGUGCUCACUGCAUCUUACUGCAUCCGACAACCGUCAAUUUGGCGCCCAUCCAUGACCGAGGUAUUAGAGCUUCUAUCAGAUUGCAAUGGAUUGGGGGCAACAGAGAGAUGGAAGAUGCUUGAGCAUGAUAUUGAUGAGAUGGAUGAUUGCAGUGUGGUUACUGAUUGUUACUGUCCCUACUAAUCUCCAAAUUUGAAUCUCAGUUUUUGUUUUUGGGUUUUAGGUGGUUUUUGUUCAUGAUGGUUUAUUAGGUUUUGGCAAAAAAAAAAAUUUUUAAUUUUUUUUUUCUUGAGCUGUAAGGGUACAGUGUUGAUGGUGUUUGCUGCUUGUAAUCUAUGUAAAAUACACCAGAGAGAUCAGAGGUUUUGAUUUCUCUACAUAGGUUGAGGCCUCAAAAUUUGCUUUUUGAGUAUCAAAGGAGUCUUUUAGAA